UUCGCAGGCACAUCGCAGUGGUCGCGGGCGAGUGGACAGGGUGGUGCCUUAUCUCCCAGCUACGAAGGGAGCCUCCACACUUUACAAAACAAAAUGGAAGACAGGUUGGACGAAGCCAUCCACGUGCUGAGGAACCACGCCGUGGGCCAGACAGCCACCCUGCCGGGCAGCCACGGGGACAUGCACGGGCUCCUGGGCUCAGCACCAGCUCACAGCACCACCGUGGGCAGCCUGGGCCAGGCCUUCCCCCCCUCGGUCAUGUCCCUGGGCAACAGGCACCCGAGCCUGGUGGCAGGAGGUCACCCUGAAGACGGGUUGUCCAGCAACCCCAGCAUGCUCCACAACCACGUCACGCUCCCGUCACAGCCCAGCUCUCUCCCUGAGCUCAGCAGGCAGCAGGACUCGUACAGCGGCUUGUCAGGGGGGCUGGGGCGAAGCAGCGUCUCGUCGGGAACCAGUGAAAUAAAGAGAGAAGAGAAGGAGGAUGAAGAGAACACAUCGGUGGCAGAUAACUCAGAAGAGGAUAAGAAGGAGCUGAAACCCUCCCGGAACAGAACAAGUCAAGAUGAGGAUGAGGAGGACGAUCUUCUUCCCCCAGAGCAAAAAGCCGAGAGAGAGAGAGAAAGGAGGGUCGCCAAUAAUGCCCGUGAGCGCCUGCGGGUCCGUGACAUCAACGAGGCCUUUAAAGAGCUCGGACGCAUGUGCCAACUGCACCUAAACAGCGAAAAACCUCAGACCAAACUGCUAAUCCUCCACCAGGCCGUAUCAGUCAUACUGAACCUGGAGCAACAAGUUCGAG